AUGGAUCCCACCAGCAGCAGCUGCAUGCGCAGUCCACAGCCUCCUGCCCCACUCUGGGGGUGCCUGCGGAGCACCCAUGUGGAUGUCACCUCAGAUUCAGGGCUGAACCACUACCCAUCAGCACCCUACUCCUUCCAUCAAAAAUCAGAUUUUGCUUCUUACUCUGAUUUCUCAACCCCCUGUCCAGUGACUGCUCCCCACAGCUUCCCACACAAGGAGCGGGCAUUUGUGGAACAGCACCCUUCUUUCCAACACUCUGACUGGCAUUUUGCAGCAACUGAGGCCAGACGACAACUAAAUCCAGGACUGGCCUUGGGCUCUGGGGAGUCAGAUAGCAGCAGCCCAAAUCUAGUGAGUACGAAUGAAGAUGAUGAGGUACCAGUAAAUACUACAAAUGAGACUGAGAAAAAGCCAUCCAAAAGAAGAAAGGAAAACUCAGAAAACCAGAACUCAAGUAACAAGGCAGAAACAAGCAGCAAAUCACGGAAGGAAAGGACAGCUUUCACAAAGGAGCAGCUACGGGAGCUGGAAGCUGAAUUUGCUCACCAUAACUACUUGACAAGGCUCAGGAGAUAUGAGAUAGCUGUGAACCUGGAUCUCACCGAGAGACAAGUCAAAGUAUGGUUUCAAAACAGAAGGAUGAAGUGGAAACGUGUUAAAGGUGGGCAACCAGUAUCCACACAUGAACAUGACACAGAAGAUGUGGACUCUGCUGCCUCCCCCAGCUCUGACUAG